UUAAUGAAAAAAUACUGAUAAUGACAGUUGCGACAAACAAUACAAUCAAAACAAACACAGGGAUGUGGAAUUGAAUUAUUAAAUUAAAAUUUAAUAAAACAUGAUGCGAAAUGAACAAAGAAUUUUAUCUGAAAAAGAACAGGAACCCCUUUAUUCCACAUAUGCACGGAUGGAAGAUUUACUGGACAAACUAAAAUUAUUAAACUACGAGUCUGAAUUUUUAAGUGGCCUUAAAAUUAAACCAAUACACAAAUUCUAUUUUGCUGUGACUAAAAACCCAGGGGAACAAUUUUACCUUUUUUCGAUUCUAGCUGCUUGGUUGAUUAGAAAAAAUGGAAGACCCUUUGAACAACCACAAGAAUUUGAUGAUCCCAAUGAAACUGUGGAUAGAAUAUUAAAUGAAGUUAAAGAAAAUGGAAUGGUCGUAGAUUUUUCUCCCAACAAAAUUAAACAAGGUGUAGGAGAAUACGUUGUUGCAAUUCUUGAUUAUCUAGCAAAUAUAGCUCUUACAAAAAACAAUAUUAUAUUGAAAAAACCAAAACUACCUGAAGAAAAGGAAGAAGAGACAGAAAUAAUAGAUGAUGAAUCUGAAAUAAAUCUAGAUAAAAUCGAGGAAGAAAUGAUUGCAGCGUAUUCAGAUGAUUCAGAUGAAGAAAAUAUUUUUCGUUUAGAUGAGCUUAAGCCUAUAAAAAAGGAAGUUCAAGCUACGCAAUUCAAAUCUAAUAUUGAUGAAGAAACUUGGAAAUUGGAGGUUGAAAGGGUCCUCCCUUUAUUAAAAGUAACAAUAAAAAAUGACAAUAGAGAUUGGCGUUCACAUCUUGAACAAAUGAAACAACACCAAUCGACUAUAGAUAACGGUUUUGGGAGUGCCAAAGGACAACUAGAAAAACUUCACAAAGAAAUUACAACAACUUUGGAUAAAAUCAAUAAUAGAGAAAAGUAUUUCAACAGAGAAUUAGAAAGUGUUUUGGAGGAAUAUCGUAGCUUACAAGACCAACUUUCAAAGUUGAAAGACACUUACAAAAGCGUUAGUACUGGAGUUGCUGAAAGAAAUAGGGAACUCUAUCAGUUGACGGAAAAAUUGGAAAGUGUUAAACGACAAAUGGAAGAGAGAGGCAGUUCAAUGACAGAUGGAACUCCGUUAGUCAAUAUAAAAAAAUCGGUAGCAAAAGUAAAGGCAGAAAUAGUUGAUAUGGAUGUUAGAAUUGGCGUGUUGGAAUGUAUUCUUCUGCAGACAAAAUUAAGGGAAGAAAAACAAAUUGAAACAGAAUUUGGCCAGUCCAUUUCAGUUUUUUAAUUGAAAGGAAAUUUUUAUCACAGUCUAGUCAAUGUAAAACUUCACAUAUACAUAUGUUAUGAUUUCUUGUUCAAUUCACAAGUUUUAAUAAAGAAUAUUAAAAGUUA